CCUCCGGGGGCGUACAUGCCCGGGGCCGCCCGCCGUCGCUCCGCGGUCGCUGCUGUUCGCCGCCGACCUCCGCGGGGCGCACAGAGCCUGCCUGUCCAGGGGAGGAGAGCAACGCGCUGGGUUCGCAGCAGGCAGCCAUGAAGGACUCGCUGGCCCUGCUUGGCCGUAUCCUGGCGCACCCGGACUCCCGCUGCUGGUUCCUGGCCUGGAACCCCGCGGGAACCCUGCUGGCCUCGUGCGGUGGCGACCGGAGCGUCCGCAUCUGGGGCAGGGAGGGUGACAGCUGGGUCUGCAAAUCUGUCCUUUGUGAAGGCCACCAGCGCACCGUGCGGAAGGUGGCCUGGUCUCCCUGUGGGAAUUACCUGGCCUCUGCCAGCUUUGAUGCUACCACUUGCAUUUGGAAGAAGAAGGAGGAGGACUUUGAGUGUGUAACCACUCUGGAGGGCCAUGAAAAUGAGGUCAAGUCAGUGGCCUGGGCCCCAUCUGGCAACCUCCUUGCCACCUGCAGCCGAGAUAAGAGCGUGUGGGUCUGGGAAGUUGAUGAAGAAGACGAAUAUGAGUGUGUCAGUGUCCUCAACUCCCACACACAGGAUGUCAAGCAUGUGGUUUGGCACCCGAGCCAGGAGCUGUUAGCCUCCGCCAGCUAUGACGACACAGUAAAGCUGUACCGGGAGGAAGAGGAUGACUGGGUAUGCUGUGCCACCCUCGAAGGCCACGAAUCCACCGUGUGGAGCUUGGCCUUUGACCCCAGUGGCCAGCGCCUGGCCUCUUGCAGUGAUGACCGGACCGUGCGCAUCUGGCGCCAGUAUCUACCAGGCAAUGAGCAAGGGGUGGCGUGCAGCAGCUCUGACCCCAGCUGGAAAUGUAUCUGCACCUUGUCAGGCUUCCACUCCAGGACCAUUUAUGAUGUCGCUUGGUGUCAGCUGACAGGGGCCCUGGCUACCGCUUGUGGGGAUGAUGCCAUCCGAGUAUUUGAGGAGGAUCCCGGCUCAGAUCCGCAGCAGCCCACCUUCUCCCUGACAGCCCAUGUGUCUCAGGCCCAUUCCCAGGAUGUCAACUGUGUGGCCUGGAACCCCAAGGAGCAGGGGCUCCUAGCCUCCUGCAGUGACGAUGGAGAGUUGGCCUUCUGGAAAUAUCAGCCAUCUGAAGGCCUCUGAGCCACCUUGACUUUGGACAGAAUCAUAGUUCCCCAGAAAAUGUUAUAAGACUUUCCCAGCCCCUGAGAAGACCUGGAGGAGCAUCCUUGACCUUCGUUUAACUUGGCCCUCCUCCAGACUUGGGUAGAAGUGCAGAGCCACAGAACCACUCACUCUAUCCCCUCCUUUGACCCAAGUCCUUGGUAGAGCUACAGAAUAUCAGUGUAUUGUACUUAAACCAGAUUUUGCUUGCUUUAGGGCAGUGUUAAACUUGGGGGGUGGUGGUGAAUAUACUGUUUGUAAUAAUCAUAUCUAUAUGUAGGAGGGAUGUGUCUCAGCCUUUUCUGAAACUAUAAGCUUUAUAGAAAUAAUCCAUCUGAGUCCCAAGUCCUAUUUUCUAAGGACAUACACAGUUUAAAAGAAUUCCAUAGUGAGUCCUUUUCUGAAAUAGGUCCUGCCUUCCCGAUUUCAGGGCAAAUCCUUGCAUUUAAGACAUUCGGUCAAUACUGAAGGAAAUUCUUUAAUGUAGGCUGAUUUAGAGUAAGAGACACCUCUGCUUCCCCUUAGAAACUCUCACGUACCUCUGAGUCGUGUGCUGUGAUGACAGCCAGGGAGUGCUGAGAAAUAAAUGGGGAGGAUGUGACCCCUACAAGGGAGAGUUAUUGGUAGCCACAGGUCAUACAUUCUCAGUGGGGAUGAAUAUUGGGUCUUGGGUGAGGGGGCAAAAAAAUCAGACAAUUUGUGGCCCUCUAAAGGACCAUAGUACAUAAAUAUAAUGUGGCCUGUCAUGUUAGAUUUUCACAGUGGGGAAGAGUAGUAAAAAGAUGCCGAUUUAAGGCUCCUUAAGGGAAUGAUGAUGCAAAAAGGUAGAGAAACACUGGCACAGGCAGUCAGUGCUUUAGCCUCAGGUUGUCCUCUGAUAGGCACUUCAAGUAGGUUUUGACUUGAGGACUGUCUUCAGGGCCACAGCCUUCACUUCAUUCUCUACACCACAGAAAUCAUAACCGUAGAUUUUGAAAGGACAGCUGUGGCAGUACCUAGAGCAGUGGUUCUCAAGAUGUGGUCUGCCGGUCAUUGGAAAUCCCUAGAGCUUUUCAGGGUGAGUGGAGAGAUCAGUGGUUGACGCCUGGGCAGGCAUGGCACCAAAUACUAGUCGUGUCUCCAUGCCUUGCUCUCACAGUGAAAAUAUUGCCAACUUCACUGAGAAAUGUCCUCAGUAGAACCAAUAAGGAUAAAUUGUAUUAAAUCUCGACCCUUGAGCAUACAGCUCAUGUUCUGUGGUGGCGGGGAGCACGCUCGCAGCACUCCUGCUGCACACUGAGGUGUGGCCAUCUUGAGGAAACGCAGUUGUGCAGCUGAACCAGCCGUGUUGCUCAUGGCAUUAACCAUUUCCACUUGAAAGAACUAGCAAAUUAUAGUAUUUAGACUUGGCUAUUUGGGAGACAAUUUUCUGGAAAAUGAACGAAACGAGACUUUCACUUCAAGGGAAACUGAGUGUUGCCAGUGAUAAAACAAAAGCUUUCAAGCAACUCAGAAUUUUUGAAAACUUGUAUUGCUACCAUGAGCUUGACAUCUUCUCAGUGCUUAGACUUUUCUGAGGGGAUUGGUGGUGAUAUGAAUAAAUGUGAUUUGUAUGAUGAAGUGUAUUGACAUUUGGAAGAUUUGCAGAAUUCAGUGAAUGAGUAUUUCCCAAAUGACUAAUGCAUGAUGUUACAAAAUCAUGGGUAAGACUCAUUAAAAGUGUAAGACCAGUAGGUUUUAAUGUAAGAGUAUAAAAAACUCAUUGAUAAGGGUUCAGAUCCACAUUGCUUUUGAAGAAACUACCACCUGUGGAGUGGUGCCGUAGUGUCACAUAGCCUAAUUACCUGAGAAGCCUAUUUAAAGACUUCUUUUUCCAACUUUGUAUCUGUGUGAAGCCAGCUUUAUGUCACCUCAACACACAAUAGGCUGUGGAAGCAACUAUGAGAAUCCAACUGUCUUCUAUUAAGCCUGACGUUUUAAAAAGAUUUGCAAAAAUGUAAAACGUCACUCUUCUCCCUGGAUUUGUUUUAGAAGUUUUUUUUCAUAAAAGUUACCAUAAUUAAGUUACUGUUACUUUAAAAUGCAUUUACUAUAGUAAAUAAACAUCAAUGGCUGUAACCCAGGUAAUAAAAGCUGUUUGGGGUUCUUAGUUUUUUGUAGUCCUAAGGAGUCCUAAGACUAAAUUUGAAAACUCCCAACCAAGGGAAAUUACCCUUCAGAAUCAUCUUCCAAUUAUAUGCACAUUUAUUCCUAAAAUGCAACAGAAGGCAAGAAAUGGAGAAGAAAAAUUUGUAGAUCUGGAUCUUAAAACUGCUUUAAGCACCCAGUUGGUGCUGCCUCAUUAUGAUAGGGGACACUGCUGAUUUUUUUUUUUUUUUUACAAGUAUCUGAGUCCCUGUUUUCAUUUUAUUUGUUUAUUUUUGGGCUGUGUUGGGUCUUCGUUGCUGUGCUCAGGCUUUCUCUAGUUGUGGGGAGCAGGGGUUACUCUUUCAUUGCAGUGCUUGGGCUCCUCGUUGUGGUGCCUUCUCUUGUUGCAGAGCACAGGCUCCAGGUGCACAGGCUUCAGUAGUUGCAGCACACAGGCUCAGCAGUUGUGGCACAUGGGCCCUAGAGUGCGCAGGCUCAGUAGCUGCGGCUUGUGGGCUCAGUAAUUGUGGCACACAGGCUUAGUUGCUCCUUGGCAUGUGGGAUCUUCCUGGACCAGGGCUCGAACCCAUGUCCCCUGCAAUGGCAGGCAGAUUCUCACCAAUGCGCCACCAGGGAAGUCCCUACAGUGCUGAUCGUGAGAAGGCUCUCAACUGUUGAUCUCUCCAGCAAAGUUCAGUGUUAGUUCCCAUAGUAGCACUGAUACAGAGGAGGGGACCAAGGGCACAAGCCUGACAGAAGGGAAGCUACCAACACUGUUCCCUGUACGCUGACUGAAAUGGUGCAGGUGACAGCCCAACUGAAGAGCAGCCUCAUUCUCUGAGAGUUCACUGUGAGCACGUUCAC